AUGACUGUGUACGUAGUUCGACACGGAGAAACAGACUGGAACAUCAUCAAGAGGCUCCAGGGCCAUUUGGACGUCCCGCUGAACGACACGGGGCGGAUGCAGGCCCGCAAACUAGGUGAGUAUCUGAAAGAACAUCCCCAAGAGUACAAUAUUACACGUAUUGUAUCGAGCGAUCUCACAAGGUGUAGGGAGACGGCAUCUCUGAUCAACGUGAACAAGCUCCCCAUUGAAUACACCAAUACAUUACGGGAACGACACAUGGGCCCCGUUGAAGGGAUGCUACUAGCCGAGGCAAAGAAAAUUUUCGGGGACCAGUUUAAACAACAGGGCGAAACUGAGCAGGAGAUGCUGGCGCGUGUUACCUGCAAGAUAGACGAGAUCUGUGCUACCAGUGCGCCGGGCGGUGGGGACACGUUGGUGGUGACCCACGGCGGGGUUAUACGUGCGCUGGGGGGGCAUUACCCUCUGGCUGCUACUGCAAAGAAGGGCACUGCGGAACGGGUGGGGGGCCGAGUGGGUAACACGUCCAUCACUGCGCUGGAGCGCGGAGAGAUUAUUUUUUAUGCGGAAAGGCCACAUUUAGUUUUCGAAGAAAAGGCAGGCCUAAUUCCAGAGGAGAUAGAUGAUGGGUACAGGUAG